GAUUGUUUGUGAUUUUGAAUCACGAGAUUGCGGAUGGUCAUUCGAGAGUCCCGCACUGAAGUUCCCUCGUGAUGCGCGAAGUAAUUUCAAGAUAAUUGUGGGUAGUCGUGAUUCGAAACCAUCACAAACAAUCGCACAUCUACUUUCAGCACAUUUCGCAUAUUUCAAUGCUUCAAGAUAUCGUGAAGAACCGGCCAUGAUAAUCAGUCCUUACUAUCAACAUCUCUCCAUGCAGGUCUGUGAGCUACGAUUCAUCUAUCGUUUGUUCGGUGAGCCUGGUGCAGCUAUCGUUGUGACCACUCAACACCGGGCGCUGAAUGAUGCAAAUCGUUUCAUCGAUAACUACGAUUAUGAAGAUGAGACCGAUUGGACUAGGCCUACACUACAUUCCACUUUCAAUGUCCAACAUAGCUAUGUUGAUUCGUGA